AUGCCUUCCCAGGCAACUACACCAGUGGUUGCCAUUAUAGGUCCUUCAGCCAAAGAAGAGUCUUCUCAAGUCACAUCUCUUCAGUCCCAGGUAUUAAUCAUACUGGAGUUGGGUCUGUUCCGCUUACUGCUCUACGACGAUCAUGCUUCCAGACCAUUACUAUCCCAGGCCUUUGGACAAGCUCCAGUGCCUGGCCACAUUUGCACCAACACCAUGAAAAAAGUGGCCCGGGCCAUCAUUGAGAAGUACUACACUCUCCUGGGCAACAACUUCCACAUGAACAAGCGCCUGUGCAAGGAGAUUGACAUUAUUCCCAGCAAAAAGCUCCGUAACAAGAUAGCAGGCUAUGCCACACAUCUGAUGAAGCGGAUUCAGAGAGGUCCCGUGAGAGGUAACUCCAUCAAGCUGCAGGAGGAAGAGAGAGAAAGGAGAGAUAAUUAUGUUCCUGAGGUUUCAGCCCUAGAUCAGGAGAUCAAUGAAGUAGAUCCUGACACUAAGGAAAUGCUGAAGCUAUUGGAUUUUGGCAGCCUCUCCAAGCUGCAGGUCACUCCGCCCACAGUUGGAAUGAAUUUCAAAACACCACGUGGAGCCGUUUGA